AUGGCUUCCACCAGCAGCGCUCAGGUAGAGGGCCUGGACCAGAUCUUUCAAGGCCUAAGAAGCAAGAGCCAUGAGGUCAGACUGCAGUCUGCCAUCGACCUCCAACGUUAUGUGUCGAACUCGGUCCAUGACGCGUCCUCGGACGCUUCCGUCAAAUUAUGGGAGGAGACGAUAAACAGACGACUGUUUGACUUGGUCCAUAGUCAGAGCAAUGUGGAGAAGCUCGGCGGUAUAUUGGCUAUUGAUUAUCUCCUCAACGCCGAGGGAGAAGGAGCACUGGAGGCCCAGAGGAAUCUAUAUCGCUUCUACAACUAUGUCAAGACCUUGCUCCCGAACCCCGACAUCAACGUUAUGCUUGCCGCCUCCAAAACUCUCGGUCACAUUGCCGCUGUCGGCGGAUCUACAUUCGGCGAACGUUGGUUGGACUAUGAAGUACAAGCAGCUAUUGCAUUGCUGCAAGCCGAGAAACAAGAAGCCGGGAGAUACGCUGGCGUGCUGAUCCUGAAGGAGCUCGCGCGCAACAGUCCAGCCUACUUCCACCAAUAUAUCGGACUUGUCUUCGACAAGAUUCUAGUGCCCCUUCGCGACACGCGCGUCAUCGUUCGAGAGAGCGCGGCCGAACUUCUUGCAGCCUGUCUGGAAAUUAUAACAUUACGGGAGCGGCAGGCGCGGAGUCCAUUCCUGGUGCGGAUCUUGCAGGACGCUCAGAUGGGUCUCAAAAUGGCACAACCAGAGAUCAUUCAUGGUUCGCUUUUGACGUAUAGAGAGUUGCUCCUGCACGGCGGCAUGUUCAUGAAGGAGAACUUCCUCGAUGCUGCCGGUUUGAUUCUGGGCUUCAAGACCCACCGAGACGCCCUCGUCCGCAAGAUGGUCAUCACUCUCAUUCCUACCCUUGCGGUGUACGACCCGCAGACGUUCUCGGAGCAUCAUUUGCACCAAGCGAUGGCGCAUUUACUGACGCAGCUUGACAAGCCGAACGAGCGUUCAGUUGCAUUCAUUGCUAUCGGACAUGUGGCGAGUGCAAUGGGCAGUGAGAUGAAGCCAUUCCUCGAGUCUAUCAUGCACCAUAUCAAACAGGGCCUGCAAAUGCGUGGCAAGAAGAACGCCCCCUCGGAGGAGCCUAUAUUUCAAUGCGUCGGCAUGCUGGCGUCCGCAGUCGGGCCGAACCUCACGAAACUGCUCCAUGAUCAACUAGACCUCAUGUUUAACUGUGGCCUGAGUGAGCCAUUACGACAAGCUCUCACCGCCAUCGCCACCCACAUUCCGCCUUUGCUCAAGACUAUCCAAGACCGGCUUCUUGAUUUGCUCUCGAUGCUCCUCAGUGGGCAGCACUAUAAACCACUUGGUGCCCCUACGUCGAUCCUCCGAACCGAGUCUGGAUCUAAGGAUGUCAUUUCUGUCGAUGGCACAUCCAUCCAGAAGACUCCUGAGCUCAUCACACUUGCCCUGGUCACUCUACGAGAUUUUGACUUCAGCGGUCAUACAUUGAACGAGUUCGUGCGCGACUGCGUUCUGCCGUAUCUGGGCGAAGACAAUCCGGAGGUACGACGGGCGGCAGCAGAGACGUGCUGUCGUCUCUUCGUCCGAGAUCCUAUCGUCUACCAAGCGAGCAACCACUCCAUUGAAAUCAUCAGCGAUGUGAUCGACAAAUUGCUCACAGUCGGAAUCGCAGAUCCAGACCCAACCAUUCGGCAGACUGUGCUUUCCUCCUUGCACGAGCGGUUUGACAAGCAUCUCGCUCAGGCAGAGAACGUCCGUGCUCUGUUCAUUGCUGUCAACGACGAGGUAUUCGAAAACCGGGUUACGGCAGUCGGACUGAUUGGCCGCCUUGCGAUGCAUAACCCUGCCUACGUUAUGCCGUCUCUCCGGAAGACGUUGAUACAGCUGCUCACCGAGCUCGAAUACUCGACAGUUUCUCGUGAGCGGGAGGAGUGCACACGAUUACUCACUCUCCUUGUCGCGGCUACUAACCGCCUCAUCAAGCCAUACGCAAUCCCCAUGCUCAAGGUGCUCUUACCGAAGGCUAACGACCCAAAUCCGACGGUAGCUGCAAACAUCCUCAUGUGUCUGGGAGAACUUACCCGCGUUGGAGGCGAGGAAGUCCUGCCUCACGUACCGGAGCUCAUGCAAGUGAUCAUAUCAAGACUUGCUGACCCGUCCCUGCCGAAGCGAGACGCAGCGCUGCACACGUUGGGUCAAGUUUGCUCGAGUACCGGCUAUGUCGUCUCGCCCCUCAUUGACUAUCCACAACUCCUGCAAAUCCUCAGCAGAAUCCUCAGAACAGAGACGAAGCAGGCCGUCAGGAGGGAGAUCAUCAAGGUCCUUGGUAUACUGGGUGCCCUGGACCCAUACAGACGCAAGAUCAAGCCUGAAGAAGAGGCAGCAGCGUCAGAGCUGACCUCUUCCAAUCUCGUGAACGCUGUGACGAGAAACUACACCGGAGUCAGCACAGGGACGGACGACUACUACCAGACUGUUGCAAUCAACGCGCUACUCGAUAUUCUAAAGGACCAGCAGGCGGCAGAUCGGCAUCACAAAGUCAUAGAGGCAAUCAUGUCGAUAUUUAAGACACAGGGCUUGAAGUGCGCGACCUUUCUGCCUCAGAUCAUCCCAGCAUUCGCUGCGGUUGCACGGACAUCAGUUGCCCGAAUCCAAGUUUUCCAUUUGGAGCAGUUGGCCAUCCUUGUCGGGAUCAUCAAGCAGCACGUCCGUAACUACAUGCCUGAUGUCUUCGCCCUGAUCACGGAUCUCUGGGACAACGUUUCGUUGCAUCUGCCUCUAGUGUCUCUCGUCGAGGCACUGGGGAAGGCCCUUGAUGCUGAGUUUAGGCCGUUCUUGCCGUCGAUAUUGCCCAUGCUUCUCAGGGUAUUCGAUGGCGAACUCAACGAGAAGACAAUGAGCACGCAAACCAAGAUCUUCGAUGCGUUCCUCACGUUCGGAUCCAACAUCGAGGAGUAUCUGCAACUUGUCAUCCCGAUCAUCGUGAGGACGUACGAGCGGCCAGAUGCGUCCACAUCGCUGCGAAAGAGAGCAAUCCAGACGAUCGACGGACUGUCGAGGAAGGUCAACUUCUCCGAUCACGCAUCACGCAUCAUCCAUCCUCUAGUCCGCGUCCUAUCGAAUGCAGAAUUGCGGAGCACCGUAAUGGAGACACUGUGCUCACUGGUGAUACAGCUCGGGUCAGACUUCGCUGUGUUCGUUUCCACCGUAAACAAGAGUCUUAUCCGGCAUCGUUUUCAACAUGCUCGUUACGACAACCUGAUUACCAAGCUCUUGAGUGGCGACAGACUUCCGCAGGAAGCGGGUAUACUGGAAGCAUCCGACAGUACUAAGGCGGUUGAGUUCACCGCCCCUGCCGAGGCAAACAAGAUGACCGUCAAUCAACAGCACCUCAAGCAGGCAUGGGACGUUUCGCAGAUCGCUGCUAAGGACGACUGGAACGACUGGAUGCAUCGGAUCACAGUAGAGUUCAUGAAGGAGUCGCCUUCCCAUGCUCUUCGCGCGUGCAUGAGUCUAGUUGACGUACAUCCGCCUCUUGCCAAAGAGCUGUUCAACGCGGCGUUUAUAUCUUGCUGGGGCGAGCUUUACGAUCAAUACCAGGAAGACUUGGUUCGCUCGAUUGAGUGCGCCAUCACGUCGCCCAUUGCUCCCGCAGAAAUUGUACAUCGCUUGCUGAACCUCGCGGAGUUCAUGGAACAUGAAGAAAAGGCCCUCCCCAUUGAGAACCGGACACUCGGAGAGUAUGCUAUGAAGUUUCACGCAUACGCCAAGGCGUUGCAUUACAAGGAACUCGAGUUCUUCACAGAAACAUCGCCUACGAUCAUCGAGGCGCUGCUUGGUAUCAACUCGAAGCUUCAGCAACAUGAUGCCGCAUGGGGUACUCUGUUGAUAGCCCGAGAACAGUACGACGUGAGCAAGCAUGAAGAAUGGUACGAGCGACUCGGGCGAUGGACGGAGGCUCUCACCACCUACGAGAAGAAGGCACGGGAGGAUCCGGACAACCUUGAUGUGGCCAUAGGGAGGAUGCGAUGUCUACACGCGCUGGGCGAAUGGAAGGAACUCGCGGAGCAAGUGGAGGAGAAUUGGACGAAGGCCGCUCAUGAGGACCGUAGGGAGAUCGCGCCCAUGGCCGCCGCUGCUGCUUGGUCCCUGAACGAUUGGGAUGCCAUGGAAGAUUACAUAGUGACGAUGAGGCCUGAUUCGGGCGACAGGCCAUUCUACCGUGCCAUCCUAUCGGUACACCAGAAUCAGUUUCCGAAAGCUAUGCAACAGAUUGCGAAGGCGCGUGAUCAACUUGAUCCAGAACUCAUGUCGCUUGUGGGCGAAGGAUAUGGUCGCUCUUACAACAUCAUGGUACGGGCGCAAAUGCUGUCCGAGCUCGAGGAAAUCAUUACAUAUAAGCAAUAUGCCGACCAGCCAGAGCGUCAGGCAUCCAUGAGAAGAACCUGGAUGAAACGGCUGCAAGGGUGCCAGCCAGACGUGGAAGUCUGGCAGCGUAUCCUGCAAGUUAGGGCCCUUGUUCUCACUCCGGACGAAGACCCGAUAAUGUGGAUCAAGUUCGCGAACUUGUGCCGGAAAUCUGACCGCAUGGUAUUAGCGGAGAAGACAAUCAACUCGCUCCUAUCGUCGGAGAGGGCUCCGAACGCCGUUGUAUAUGCCCAGCUGAAGUACAUUUGGGCGACGGGUGCCCGAGAAGAAAGUCUGAGCUAUCUCCGCUCACUUUGUGCCAACCUGGAGAGGGGUCUUCAAAAUGGCGCCAUCAGUCACUCACCGGAAAUCGCGAGGCAGAAACCGAACGAGAAGCUCGAUGAGGUCUCCAGGUUACUCGCGCGUUGCUAUCUGAAGCUGGGAGAAUGGCAAGUGGCCCUCAGGGAAGAUUGGGGUUCUCGCAACAUCAAGGACAUCCUACACUCCUAUUACCUAGCUACUCACUACGAUCCAACGUGGUACAAGGCGCAGCAUACUUGGGCUCUUGCUCAUUUCGACGUCGUCGGUUACUUGGAAAGCCAAACGGAGAACAGAGCUUCAGAUGUUCCACCCGAGAACCUGGCACUGCACAUCACACAGGCUAUCAAAGGAUUCUUCACUUCCAUCAACUUGCGGAAUGAGAACACCCUACAAGACACCCUGCGGUUGCUCACACUCUGGUUCAAGUACGGAGAUCAUGUCGAUGUGGACACGUGGUUGGAAGUCAUCCCUCAGAUCAUUGCCCGAAUUCAAACGCCUAGUGCCAAUAUUCGCCGAGACAUCAACCGACUUCUCACUGAAGUCGGGAAGCACCAUCCGCAAGCCUUGGUGUACCCGUUGACUGUGGCGUCUAAGUCCUCUAGCGCGACCCGUAAGAAUGCUGCAGAAUCCAUCAUGAACCGCAUGAGGGAGCACAGUGAGGAGGUCGUCAAACAGGCCAACAUUGUCAGCCAUGAACUGAUCCGAGUGGCUAUCCUCUGGCACGAAAUGUGGCACGAAGGUCUUGAGGAGGCGUCGAGAUUGUACUUCACGAACAAGGAUCCGGAGGGCAUGAUUGUGUUCCUGGAGCCAUUGCACAAGAUGAUCGAGGAUGGACCCCAAACAGCGCGCGAAACGUCGUUCCAUCAAGUCUUUGGUCGUGAUCUGCAGGACGCUCGCGAGGCAUGCAGGCGCUGGCGAGUCUUUGGCGAGCAGAGAGACCUCGAUCGGGCUUGGGAGAUUUACUACUCUGUUUUCAAGAAAAUUGAGAAGCAACUACAGAACCUGACGACGCUCGAUCUCCAAUUCGUCUCCCCUGCACUCCUGAAGUCUCGAGAUCUCCAGCUCGCAGUACCAGGUGCCUAUCAAGCAGGACGACCGGUCAUCACUAUCGUCAGCUUUGCCACAAAGCUAGUCGUCAUUCAGUCUAAGCAGCGGCCGCGACGUCUCUCGCUGAGAGGCAGUGAUGGCAAGGACUACCAAUACGUUUUGAAAGGACACGAGGACCUGCGUCAAGACGAGCGUGUCAUGCAGCUAUUCAGUCUCGUCAACAACCUGCUAUCCAUUGACACUGACUGCUUCAAGAGACAUCUGCAUAUCCAGCGUUUCCCUGUGAUUCCACUCGCUCCUAAUGCCGGAUUGCUGGGAUGGGUUAAGGACAGUGAUACUCUCCAUGUCUUGGUCAAGGACUACAGGGAAUCGCGCAAGAUCCUGCUGAACAUCGAGUAUCGCUUGAUACUCAACAUGGCGCCCGACUACGAGAACUUGAUUCUGCUGCAGAAGAUCGAAGUCUUCGAAUACGCGCUUGAGAACACCACCGGGCAAGACCUCUAUCGUGUGCUCUGGCUCAAGAGCGCGAGCUCCGAGCAUUGGCUGGAGCGACGCGCUACAUACACGCGCUCGCUCGCCGUGAACAGCAUGGUCGGUCACAUUCUCGGUCUGGGCGAUCGUCACCCGUCCAACAUGAUGCUCGAGCGGAACACCGGGAAGGUGGUGCACAUCGAUUUCGGUGACUGUUUCGAGGUCGCGAUGCACCGAGAGAAAUUCCCCGAGAAGAUUCCGUUCCGGCUGACCAGAAUGCUCACGCAUGCUAUGGAGGUCAGCGGCAUCGAGGGUAGCUUCAGGAAUACGUGCGAGAUCAGCAUGAAGGUCUUGCGAGACAACAAGGAGUCUCUCAUGGCUGUACUCGAGGCCUUUGUAUACGACCCUCUCAUCAACUGGAGGUUGAUGCAAGCCGAUACUGUUGAUGUUCGACGACCGGAGGACCCUGCUCGCGAAACGACUCGUACUUCAGCAUACCCUCAAGGGCCGAUACGGAAGUUGAAGGCGGACGAAAACGACAUCUUCAAUGAGCGUCAGGAGAUUCGCAACGAACGUGCAUUGUUCGUAUAUAAUCGGGUGCAACACAAAUUGACAGGUCGUGACUUCAAUCCGGACGUCCCGCUUUCUGUCGCUGCGCAAGUCGAUAAGCUUAUCAUUCAGGCUACCUCGCUCGAAAAUCUAUGUCAGUGUUUCUCAGGAUGGUGCGACCCCAUACAAUCUGCUUUCACUUUCUUCGGACUGCUACGCAAUGGCAUCCCACGAUACACGGCGAAUUGGUCCGUCUGA